CCGGGAGACACCAGACGCAUAUAAGUGGACGCGGUCCUGCAGCGCGGAAAGGAGACGCGACGCAGGGAGCCGGAGCCAAAGUUGCGCCAUGGAGUUUUGCACGUUCGCGCUGGUCACACUUUUCCACUGGUUUUACAGCGCGUCGGCGCUGUCGCCCAAAGGCGUGUGUCUCCUUCCAGUGGAAGAGGGGCCUUGCAGGGCAGAUAUCGAGCGCUAUUUCUACAACACGAUCAGCCAAAAGUGCGAGGUUUUCUACUACGGGGGGUGCCAGGGGAACGCCAACAACUUCAGGAGUUAUCAGGAGUGCCAGAAGACAUGUUUCAGAAUACCAAAGAUUCCCCAGAUCUGCAGGUUUCCUAAACAGGAAGGACCCUGCCGUGCCCUCUUCCGCCGCUACUUCUUCAACAUGAGCACCAUGCGGUGCGAGCUCUUUUACUACGGCGGCUGUCAGGGGAACUCCAACCGCUUCCAGGACCAGACCUCCUGCAUGGAGUACUGCAGUCCACGAAAAACUGUUCCCGUGCUCUGCCUGGACCCGAUGGACAAAGGGAAGUGUUCAGCCUCCAUUACUCGGUAUUACUACAACACAGCCACCAAGAUGUGCGAGGAGUUCAUCUACUCAGGCUGCGGUGGGAGCAGCAACAACUUUGUCUCCAGGCAUAGCUGCAUGGACGUGUGCGUUAAAGGAAGGAAAACGCACACGGGCCUAGGAAAUGUUCGUCGCAAGAGACGGAAUAGAAAUAAUCACAUCAGUGUUGCAGGCGUCUGACACUUGUCCUCACAGAUGCUCCCUCGGAGAGGAAACGAGCAAAUAUCAAACUGAGUUUGUUUAUGCCAAAAAGAUGACCAGGUCGUCCUCGGCGUGACCGGAAGAGUCUUAAAUAUACAACGUUGAUUGUAUUUAUAAUGAGUUCAAAGCCAUUGUUUUCAAAUGUGUUUUUAUUGUAUGACGUUGAUGAUGUUUAUUACUGCUGCACUAAUAUUCCUGAGUGUAUUUUGAUACUGUAUGUAUGUAAUGUACGUUUUGUGUGAGUAAUGCUUUGAGAACAGCAUUUUUCCUUAUUUGACAAACUGUGUUAUGAACACAUAUUUGGCUAACAUAUACAUACUUGUAAAAAUAGUAUUGAGCCAUUUUUUUGCACUUUUAUGCUGCGGUUGUCUGUAAUUAACUGUAUUGCGUGUUAUUUCAAUAUUUAACUAACUCCAAAUGUGUUGAUUGCAACUUCUUCACUCCCGGAAGUCAAUGCUUACUGUAUCAUCUUCAGCGAGAGUCUUUAUUACUGCAGCGAGUACUGCCAAUAAAAUGAGGUCGCUUACUGUGA